UCAUGCUGCUGCCAGGUCCAGAGUCUCUCAUGGGUCCCUGUACGGCCUCCCAUUGCUGCUGUCUCCAUCGCCACACUCUGCCAUGUGCCACUUUUAGGUCUCCUCACACACUGCUGGGUUCCAUUUUGUCAUAGGGUGCUGGCAGAUUACGGGCCUCCCAUUGCUGCUGCCAGGCCUUAAUCUGCCAUGGGCCCCUGUACCGCCUCCUCAUGCUGCUGCCAGGUCCACAGUGUCUCAUGGGUCCCUGUACCGCCUCCCAUUGCUGCUGUCUCCAUCGCCACACUCUGCCAUGUGCCACUUUCAGGUCUCCUCACACUGCUGGUGGGUUUCCAUUUUGUC